GCUUCAUACUGAUUCACUCAAUCUCACCUUUCCUCCCUCUCCCUGUUACAUUACCAUUUCUGGUAAUCAUUUCGCCCAGACAUUUUCUUAGAGGUCUAAAACCCUAUAAAUAUUCAUCUUUCUCUUUUUCCUUUCUUUUUUUUUUCUCUCUCUCUUAAUCAAUCUAUUUCAUCGAAGAAUCCUCUUUCUUCUCUUAAUCUCUUCUCUCACUCACGCAUUCUUCAUGCAAAUGAAUAGAAUGUAGUUUCACUUGAUCAAUGUUUUAUUCGCUCAAACAUUCAACAAGAAUUCACUGAAAUUCGGUGUCAUUUCCAAAAUUUCAAGUUUUGUGCUUGAAAGAGAGUGGAAAUUGAAGUAUUAGCCGCCAUGGCGUUCAUCGGAGUUCCGAAUUAUGCUUUGAUGUUUGAUCGUCGUUUUCUGAACUUAAAACCUUGAAAAUCGCGUUUUGUUGUUUUAUUUCGCAGUUUUUUGUGAGUGAACGUGAGGAAAAUUUGAAGUAUGAUUUGCGAGAGUACUUGUCGGAGUUCUGAAUUUGCGUUCAACUCGGAUGAAUUCGCCGGAGAUUUCCGAAAAGAUUCAAGAAUAUCGUAUUCAAGAGAAUCCUUGAUGUCUUUAGCUGAAGCGGAUUUUUCUAAGGAGCUACCUUCUGGAUUUGAUUUCUCCACUCUGAGUGAGUUGAAUGACAUUUGCAACAGUGCACCUGAGCACCCGAAAUUAGAUGGCCAUGAAUUCACAGGCUCGCGGAGGAAUUCUAGUCCAGAAUCAGCUGAAAGCUGGGACAUUUGUAAGUUGAGCUCAAAAGAUAGGCUGAAUGAUGUUUGCAAAACUGCACCUCUGCAUCAGAGGCUCCUAGGACAUGAUUUAAAUGGCAGCAUACUAGGUGAUUCUUCUCCAGAAUCAGCUGAAGAACCUGGCAGUUUUAAUUUGAUCUUAGUAGACAGGCUGAAUUAUGCAGGCAAGAGUGCACCUGAGCACCAGCAACUACCAAGCCAUGAUUCAACAGAUUGCGGGAAAUCUUAUAGCAACAAAUCUCAACGCUCCUGCCAAAGACCUGGAAAUAAUGGCAUAUUGGGCUUGGGAUUAUUGCAAAACCAUCCUGAAUGUGAUAGCAUUCUAGGAAGCUGGUCUCCUUCAAAGCAACCAUCAGCUGGAUUUGAAGGGUCUACAUUAAAACUUCAAGGGUCCGAUGGCUGUCUACUGAGUAGGUGUAAUGAACCAUAUCGCCCUCCUUCCUUUUACAAGGCAAUGAAUCAUUCAAUUAUACAGAAUAUGGACAGCUCGAGCAAAGAAGCGUCUGGAUGUGGAGAGUGCCCCAGUAAGGAUAGGGCUACAGGGGAAAGCUGGAGAAAAGAUACUUGUCUGGUGCUGGAAGAGCAUUUAACUGUAUCAUCAUUAACCAGCAAGGAAAAUCUGCAACUUACCUCUCUUGCUGUUUCUGGAUGUAUUGAACUCCCCUGUUCUGGUGGGAAAGUUUCUAAAAAUUGUCUUGCAGAAAAAUCUCCUGUACAUAGCCCUCAAGUACAGUAUCCCGAGGUGCAACAGUUGCUUUCUAAGAGCCAAAGUAUAAAUGAUAAUUCUGGAGUGGUCGUUGUUAAUAUAGAGGAGUUACAAGGGAAAAAAUUGGAGGGAGGUCAAUCAUCUGCUCUCAUCAAUUUGGAAGAAACAGAAGAUAUUGAUGCCUACUUUCCUGACGAGAAAAAUCUAGCAUUUAGUGACAACAAUAGUGAUUGCCAGACUGUUAAAGAUGUUAACAAGGGAUUUGAUAUUUUAGAGAAGAGAGAACUGAGAAGUCAUGCUGCUUACUCUGUGAAGAGCGAAGAAACGAAGAUUGACGAUUUUCAAGUCAACAGUAUGGGGAAGACUGCUAAUGCGUCUGCUGUUGGCGAUUCCAUCAGCUCAGUAAGUUCUGUUAGACCAUCAUGUGGAGCUUCUAACUCAAAAUUAGCUUCUGUAGUUCAGGAUUGGAGGGGUAUUAAUGCUGCUGACAAAACGUAUCCUAAGGCCAAUGAUCCACCUACAUUAGGUCCAGAUCAAUCAGAAAUGAGAUCAAAGAUAUCUGACGGUUCCAUAUCAGGGAUACGACAAUCAUCUCGUUGCUCUAAGAAGCAUGAUAAUGUAGCAGAUGGCAGAGGCAGCUGCAGAUCCUGUACAAAAUUUACUACCUGUGUUCCAGACAAUGCAGAUGAAUCUGACUGUGACAUCUCAUCUGGGGUAGAUGAAGAUGGGUGGAUAGUUUUGGGAGCAUCAACUGGAAACUCGACGAAAGCUAAUCACAUUUUGGGUCAAGGAAAACCAAAGGAAGCAUCAAUUAAUGGUCAGAAAGCCUCAUUUGGCAAACAAACAAAGUCAGGUGUUUUAGAUUGUGUAGACCCUCACUGUGCUGUGCAAAGCAACUUCUGUCCUGAUGAAAUCAGCCAUCACUCUCAGAAUGGUCAAAAGCACAACUUUUAUAGAUCUGCUGGGAAUCAAGAGUUGCAACACGCUCCUGAAGAAAAUUCUGGUCUUCAAAUUGCUGAAGAAGCUAACUCCAGUAUGGAAUUUAAUCUUCCUGAUGAAGAUAGUUUGAUAACUAUCGAUGAAACCUACAUCUUUGAGCAAGACAACUCAAAAUCAUCUCCUAAACUUUCCUUCUCUGGUGGAAAAAACAUCUCUAUUCCUGAAUCAAACAAUCGACGAAUUCCGAGCUUGCCACAUUCAUGGUUCCAUGAAACUCAGAUGAAUUCCAAGAGUUUGCUAGUAACACCUUCAAAUUUUCUGCCUCGUGUCAGUUCCACAUUCAAUGAUCCAUGGAAGACUCAUCACAAUGAGUAUGAUCAUUAUUUCAUGGUUCCCCCUCUCUCUGGAUGGCAGUCUUUGAAGGCACGGAACUUUAAACCAUCCGUAAAAAAACUUCUCUCACCCAGAACGCCAAAAGCUGACGACUACUGUCCUGACCUUGACAAUAUUCUCUCAGCUGAUCCCUCGACUUACCAUCAGUUUCUUCAGACCCCGUGUAGCAAUCUCGAGCCAAAUGUGCUGAGAAGUCUUCCUCUCACUCAUCAGAACAUUGUAAAAUCUCCGGUUGAUGUGGGAAAGAGAGCUUUGCUUGCUGAAGGAAGUAAAAAUUCUACAGUUAUCGGGUACCUCCAGAUGCAGAGGAAGUUUGCGCAGAUGAAUAUUGAUGCGGUAGAGCAAAGGGCUUACAGGAAAGCAUUCGGCAACCAUAUCUGGUAAAAUCACUAGUACAUAAUAGUAGUAUAUAGGUCUGCAUGAAUUUGAGCUUUUCGUAAAUAUGGAGAUUUGCUAAACCAGGUGGGCCGGCGUUAUAGUUAAAUGCAAAUGUUAGUCGUUAGGUUAUCAGUAUCAGUUCAUGGCUUUAUGCGUGAAUCAAAGUGCAAACUCGGAGAAAAAAGGGUGGUAGAGAAAAGGAUUCAUUAACUCUAGAUCUUGUUGUCAUUACAAGAAUUGUAAAUUGAAGAACGGAAAAAAGCUAAGCUUUUAGGUUUAAAUGUUAAUAACCUCUUGAUACACUCUAUAGCAAGUCUAUUAUGGACCUAUGGUGCAUAAUCCAAAGUACAUUCUAUAUUCUGGCAAAA